CACCUUUUGGCCAUUAUACACUCUUACUGUGCCGUAAUUUGUGGAAAAACUUUCUGUGAAAUAACAAAUACUAUGACUGAAAAUAUCUGAUCUUUGUUGAUGUUUCACGAGCCUUUUUCGAAUCUCGUUUGCUGUGAGAGAAUAUUCUUCAAGUCUUUACCAACCUCCUUCUCGAUAUUUGGUCAUAGACUUUUACUCGGUCCAUGAAUCUUACUCGCGGCAAACGUGAGUUACUCGAAAUAGCAGUAUAAAAGGAGCGGAGUUAAAGAUGAAAAAGGCCCCACGGGGAAUAAAGUGCACAAGGAAACUGCAGCUGCAGUCGAAGUUGACCAUCCAUAAGACACGAACCAAACUAAUGAAAAAGAAGUCUGUAAUGGCUAGUAAGAAGUUACCAACCAUUAUGGACUGGAAGUGUACCGCAGAGAAGGUCACAGAAUCUCUUCCAGGUAAAGGUCAAACGUAAGUAAGGCUUUCACUUCUUACUUGAAAAGUAGCUGAUGUUUUUACAUUCACAGACUCGAUGGGAAGACGGAAAGUAAGGGGAAAGGAAUAUCAAAGUUCGAGGAAAACGAUGUUUCAGAUUGGUGCAGCAAGAAAGAGGGUCCCCUUGAUUCGGAUGAUGAUGGCAUGUAGUCUCUUCAUACAUGUUCAUUAAACUAGAAAAAUGUUUAAACUAACGAUUUAAUAGCAGAUGGGGAUAGGCCUAUCCAGGUCUUCAGCCCCGAAGAAUUGGCCUCGGGAGAUAGAUUUAUUGUUGACGCGACAAAGCUCCACAAACGCGAGAUUGAAAGGAUAAUAUUGUUUCAUGGAGUUUUCUGCAAGGCUUAUAAUGAUAUCGUUUACUACACUCAGUAUCAUUCGAAAAUAGAGGAUAGUCACAUUGAAAGGGUAAAUAGCAAAGGAGGAGCAGUCGAAGGACAAUUCUGCCCUGCGAACCAUCUGGACGAAAUUAUGGAAGCCAAAAAUAAGAUAGAAGGGGUAGAUGACAUCCCAGGGACUCUAUAUACACCGAAGGUAGUUCUUCAAAGAAUUCAGGAUGGGUUUUCAUCUCUUCAACAAAUUUGGCAGAAAAUAGUGGAAGAAAGCCUGUCAGCAGUCACUUCACGGGAUUUGACUAUCCCGAUACAAAAGAUCGAUGAGAUUGAAAAGAUGCAAUUUAUCAUGAAGGCAAUCGAUAUCAUAGAUGGAGAUAGCCAGAGCACGAACGAGAUAAGGAUACAGGGGCCUGAGUGCACUCACCCUGCCUGUGAUGAUUGCGCCUGUUAUUACGAGGCUGGCCGCCUUAACCGCGAUAAAGACGAGGACAAGGAGGCAUUGAGAAAUCUACCGAUAGGAAAAUAUCUGUCGCUCGGGACUAAAUCCCCCAUCAAGAAGAGCACAUCCAGUUCGAUCACGAGGACUACGGGAUGCGCUUGUGGAACGUUGUGUGCAGGACCUUCACGAAGUCGGUGAUUGGAAAAAAGAAUGUACAGUGUGCGUGAACUCUGAUCAAUAACAUUGGAAUGUAUGAGAUAAUCCUCGAUUGUGUAGUAUUAUCACUAGCUUCCCAUAACCACGUGAUCAUCGUCUCAUGUGCGCAUUGUCCGAAUCAUUCACCUGCUUCCUUCGUGAGGCUCCACUUCUCAUUCUAUUUUUCUGCCAAUCAAAGUACUGGAUUAUUAUUGGGAAUCCUUUCAGACAAGAAGAUGGCUCGGAUUAUAAAAUUCAUUAGUGUUCUUAUAA